AUGGACUAUAAUAGGAUGAAUUCCUUCUUAGAGUACCCACUCUGUAACCGGGGAUCCAGCGCCUACAGCGCCCACAGCGCCCCAACCUCUUUUCCCCCAAGCUCGGCUCAGGCGGUUGACAGCUAUGCAAGCGAGGGCCGCUACGGUGGGGGGCUGUCCAGCCCUGCGUUUCAGCAGAACUCCGGCUAUCCCGCCCAGCAGCCGCCUUCGACCCUGGGGGUGCCCUUCCCCAGCUCCGCGCCCUCGGGGUAUGCUCCUGCCGCCUGCAGCCCCAGCUACGGGCCUUCUCAGUACUACCCUCUGGGUCAAUCAGAAGGAGACGGAGGCUAUUUUCAUCCCUCGAGCUACGGGGCCCAGCUAGGGGGCUUGUCCGAUGGCUACGGAGCAGGUGGAGCCGGUCCGGGGCCAUAUCCUCCGCAGCAUCCCCCUUAUGGGAACGAGCAGACCGCGAGCUUUGCACCGGCCUAUGCUGAUCUCCUCUCCGAGGACAAGGAAACACCCUGCCCUUCAGAACCUAACACCCCCACGGCCCGGACCUUCGACUGGAUGAAGGUUAAGAGAAACCCACCCAAGACAGCGAAGGUGUCAGAGCCAGGCCUGGGCUCGCCCAGUGGCCUCCGCACCAACUUCACCACAAGGCAGCUGACAGAACUGGAAAAGGAGUUCCAUUUCAACAAGUACCUGAGCCGGGCCCGGAGGGUGGAGAUUGCCGCCACCCUGGAGCUCAAUGAAACACAGGUCAAGAUUUGGUUCCAGAACCGACGAAUGAAGCAGAAGAAACGCGAGCGAGAGGGAGGUCGGGUCCCCCCAGCCCCACCAGGCUGCCCCAAGGAGGCAGCUGGAGAUGCCUCAGACCAAUCGACAUGCACCUCCCCGGAAGCCUCACCCAGCUCUGUCACCUCCUGA